AUACAACCACGCACCGCAGCUGUUCGCUAUCAUAGAAAUCUGUAAGGGAAAAGGAGUGGUGAUUAGGUCGUCUACGACGAAAAAUUACGUAUUUUAAAUGGUUCAUGGCCACAUCGGGGCUUGUGCUUGUAAUAUGUAAUAGUACAAAUAGUUUGACAAGUGUGUUAUUAUUUGCAGUGCGCUAAACUAACGUUAAAGUGUAUAAUUAACCAAGUUAACAUUGAACAUGACGUUUACUACGGUGUUUGCGCUUGUGUGACGUUUACUAUAGUGUGAAUGUGCGUUCUUACGGACAUCAUUGCCGUUGGAGCGAAUCUUUUAACGGGAUGCUCUCUGAUAAUUGUCUUUUUGCGCUCAAAAUACCACGAGCAGAGGUGCAUUAAACUGUGAAAAACAUCAGACGCAUUCAAGAUGGCGGAUCGAAUGGCGAAUCGACUCACGCGUCAUUGCGAAGAGCGCCAUCUGUUUGCGGCGCUGGACAAUCGCUUCCGCGGUUUACGUUAUUUUAAAUAGUCAUUUGCGUGUUGACUUUCGUGUUGUGAUGUGAUGUUGUUUAGUGUUAAGUGUUGUGUUGUGUUAAUUGUGAAUAAUGUCGGAGGAGCGGUCGCGGCGGUUGUCGCAGAUAUUCGACCCGCUGUCUCGGUUCACGGACAUAAGCGGGGCAGGCCACUCAGCCAGCACGCCGAACAGCCCACGGCUAUUGCCGCGCCGCUCUAGAGAGCCGCCGCCUCCACCGCCUAGACCAUUUGGCCAUUCCUCACACUUGGAUCCUCUGGAGUUUGAGCUGGCGGCGGCUGAUUUCGGCGGUGUUAACUGGCAAGAGAGGUGUCUGGAGCUGCAAUUGGAGUUGCACCGGAGUCGCCAUCAGGCUACCAGAGUUCGCGACAUGCUAAGAGAUAAGCUUUCGGAGCUGGAACAGCGGGUUCUGGAAGCCGAGGGCAGAGCAGAAGAAGCGGAGGACAAGGUCCGCGCCAUGGAGCAGCGGCUCUGCGAGUGGCCGGCGGGUGCUGAGGGCGCACCGAGAGCCAUCUCGCGACUAGAGGGCCAAAUUGAAGAACAGAAGCAGCUGCGACUCCAAGACGCGAAACAGGUGGAAGCUAAAGCCGCCAGGAUUAAAGAGUGGGUGACCAACAAGUUGCGUGAACUGGAGCAGCAGAACCAGUUGUUAAGGGAGCAGAACGACCGCUGCAACCAACAGCUAGAACUCCUCAGGAAUCACAUUGCAGCACAGGGCACCAGGAAUUGUGCUUUAACAACUCGAGCGAGUCUAUCUCUCGAGGUGAGGAGUGAGGAAGGUUCCAGAACUUCGACGAGCCUUUUGGCCGCGAACAGACGACGAUCAGAGAGCCUCGAAGGGCCCCAGCUACCCAACUCGGAGCCCCACUACAGCACGCCUGCGAGACAUCGAAGGAACCUGUCUAUUGGUGCUACAAAUCUUAUGCAGAGUACCAACGCCAACCAAGCUCUAAAUACUAUGAAUAGGACGAUGGAUGAGAGGACCACGGCUAGCUUGCUUGAUGAUGAUUUAGCGGCUGCCGUAGAAAAUCUAGUUGUACUGCCAACGACUCCUAACACAUCGACUGACGGAGAUACGACACACGAUUACGCUGAAAUUUAUACACCUAGUAGAGAGCGCACGCCGGCGUGGCAGGGCGCAGUGAACGUGGUGGUGCAGGGACACAGCCGCGGCUCCACCGCCGACAGCUCGGCCUCCGACAACCCCCGGCCCCCCACACCGCCCCUGCACCGCUUCCCCAGCUGGGAGGCCAAGAUAUACCAGGUUGCGGACGACGGUCUCCAACAGUCAGUGGAGGAGGAACUGAGCCCUCCGCCCUGUCCCCGACCUAUGCACGAGUCUACUAGUUAUCAGGAUUUAUCUGUACCUGUAUACGCCACGGUUAAAGGAAGAGCGAGUCAGAUCAGAUCGAUGCCGUUCACAGGCGACUCGUCUGACGAUUCCUCUGACGGGGAGGAGUCUAUGGGCGUUACCGUACAGAACACGCCCCAUCACCAUCCUUAUGGUGGGCACUCAUCGAAUCAAAUGGCAAUGAACAACGUGACGAUGACGAGCAUGUUGCCGAGCUCCAUCCAGCAGUCCAGCCACGGCCUGCUGGCCAACACCAACGGCCAGUGCAGCUCAUCCGACACCAGCCUCAGCGCUAGCAGCCCCUCCAAGAGUGUGAAGACCAGCUCCAGUCUCAGCCCCGCCAAGAGGUCUAGUAGCGGCUCGCCCAGUAAGCAGAGCAAGACUAGAGACACAUCAUUUGAGUCAGGCAUGUCAGACGACUACGCGAUCCCGCCUGACGCGGGGUCGUGUGAGGGGGCGUGUCGCACUCCGGCCGGCAGCGGAGGCCCGCCCACAGGACUGAGCGCCCCGCCCCACGCCGCUCCACCAGGCACACUACCCACCACCUCCUUAGUACUGCCAGCUGGAGGAUCAGGCGGCUUGUCUGAUUCGCCACGACGACAUGAUGCUUUAGAAAAGAGUGGACAUCUUGCGAAGUUGGGCGGGAAACUGAAGACCUGGAGAAAAAGAUGGUUCGUGUUGAAAAACGGCACCCUAUCUUAUUGGAAGUCGCAAUCAGAGGUGAACAGGAAGCCUCAAGGUCAGAUAGGUCUGGGCGAGGCGUGCAAGAUAUCGCGCAACGAGGGAGCCGCCACCUUCGAGAUAUUCACAGGCAGCCGCACUUACUACCUCACAGCUGAUAGCAUCGCUACCAUGGAAGACUGGAUUAGAGUACUACAGAAUGUUCAAAGAAGAAAUGCUACAAAGUUGUUGUUAAGCAAGGAGGACAACAAGCCGACUAUCCAGGGUUGGCUGACCAAGGUGAAGAAUGGCCACGCUAAGAAGAGCUGGUGUGUGCUGAUCGGGAAAAUGUUCCUAUACUUCAAGUCUCCCGGUGAUCAGAAUCCAACAGGCCAGAUCAACAUGCGUGACGCGCGCGUGGAGGACGUGGAGCACACGUCAGACUCAGACUCUGAGGAGAAGAAUGAUGACGCGCGCAGCCACCUCACUGUCGCCAUCUACCCGCAGCAUCAGGUAACUGCGGGCCCUACGUACCUACUGUUUGAGAGUAAAGCGGACAAGGACGCGUGGUUGUACCAGCUGACGGUGGUGAGCGGCGGCGGGCUCAGCCAGGGCACGCACUUCGAGCAUCUAGUUCACAAACUCAUGGAGACUGAUGGAGAUCCUAAUUGCGUGUUAUGGCGACAUCCGACUUUGUUGUAUUCAAAGGAGAACAUAACGUCACCGCUGACGUCACUCAACUCUGAGGCGCUGCAGGCGGAGGCUUUGAAGCUGUUCAAAUGCGUGCAGCUGUUCAUGUCUGUGGCGGUGGAGCAGGCGGGCAUCGACUACCACGUGGUGCUGGCGCAGAACGCGCUGCAGCAGUGCCUGGAGGUGGGCGAGCUGCAGGCGGAGCUGGCCGCCUGCCUGGCCAAGCAGACCGCGCCGCACACGCACACCAAGCACGGCGUGCAGGUAACCCGCCCCGACAGGCCCGCCCUCGCCCCCGCCCCCACCACCGCCAUCGCGCGCGCGCGUGCACGGACCGCAACCGCACAUAAGACUAAGCUUAAAAGCCAACUGUUGCUGUGCGCGACUCAGUCGCUGUUCACUUGCGACACGGGCGGGUCGUCUGUGGGUGACGCCAAGAGCGGCGACCUGCCGCCGCACGCCGCCGGCUCGCCUAGCUCUAUACAGGCGCCCUUACUGUCAGUGGACUGCAAAAGCAACCCGCCUACGUACAGCUUCGUGCAAGGCUGGCAGCUGCUGGCUCUCGCCGUCAGCCUUUUUGUACCGAGAAACAAUCGGUUGCUGUGGUACUUGAAGCUGCAUCUCAGUAGACACGCUGAUUCUAAAACGGAAUGUGGCAAGUACGCGGCGUACUGCGCACGCGCAUUGGAACGUACGAUACGUAACGGCGGCAGAGAGGACAAGCCAUCCAGAAUGGAAGUGUUGUCUAUACUGCUCAAGAAUCCAUACCACCAUUGUCUGCCCCACGCUAUUCCUGUACAUAUGCUCAACAAUACAUACCAGGUGAUAAGUUUCGACGGUUCGACGACAGUGGAGGAAUUCCUGUCGACUCUAAGUUCGGAGCUGGGAUGUCGUGAAGCCGCAGCUUCGGGCUUCGCUCUGUUCAGUGACGACCCCAUAGAGAAAGAUCUAGAACAUCACAUCAAACCUGAUAAAAAGUUAUGCGACGUGAUAUCAAAAUGGGAGACUGCACUAAGGGAGAAGGGCUCCGGCAAGUUUGAGAACUCGCGCGUGAUCCGGCUCACGUACCGCAACCGGCUCUACUUCAAGAGUUCCGUGCGCACUGAGACUGACAAGGAGCGCCUGCUGCUCUGCUACCAGGUCAAUCAUCAAGUGGUGGGGGGCAGGUUCCCGGUGACGCGCGAGCUGGCGGCGGAGCUGGGCGCGCUGAUGGCCCAGCUGGACAUGGGCGACCACUCGCCCGCCAACGCGCUGCACGCGCAGCCCCUCGCACACCGCUUCUACCCCUACAGAUAUAGGGCGGGAUUGAAUAAUGAUGAACUCAGGGAUAUAGAAGAAAAACUCCGGUCUAAAUGGAUAGCACUAAAGGGACGAAGUACCGCGGACUGUGUUCGAAUUUAUCUCAACUGUACGAGGAAGUGGCCAUUCUUUGGUGCUACAUUGUUCCAGGCUAGGAUAAAGCAACCAGAUCUAUCGCUAGUUUGGUUAGCGGUGUCAGAAGAGGGCGUUACUGUGUUAGAGUUGGCUUCCAUGAGUGUCAUCGGCAGAUACGCGCUUAACUCCAUUGGAUUAUUCGGUGGACUACAGGACGACUUGAUGAUGUUGAUAGACGCAGAUGAUGCUACGAGUCCUGUACACAAGAUGCUAGUCAGCCUCAACAAGCCUAAAAUGGUUGAACUGACUCAUCUAAUCGCGGACUACAAGAAUGCAAUACGUGCCGGGGGCACGGGCACGCCCCAAAUGAACUCCCUCACUCGCAACGGCUCCCACCGCUCUGUCCGCAAGCCCACCUCCACACUGCCGCACUCCAGCCCCUCCACACUGCCACACGCACACCUCAGCCAGUCACACGCACACCACGCUCACCACACCACGGGACAUAACACCCUCAACUCACAUGCCACCACAAUGACACUAGGCUCGGACAGGAAUGCCACUCUCACGUUGAGCUCGCACACAUCCACUUUCAAUCAACACAUCGAAGCCAGAGUCCUCUCUCACGGACAACCCGACAUAUUGAAAUCGACCCCGGAUCAUCAUAGAAGUGAGAAAAAACGAAGUCACACGCAAGAUAGUGGGGUUGCGUGAUCCUAACUCAAUAUAUAUUAAAAAUGGACUGUCCCGUUGCUUGUAAAUUGUGAUGUAAUUUUUUUUUAUGUCUGAACGGUCGUAUUCUAAAUAUACCUCAUAUUUUGAAGUUUGCCUUUUAUAUGAUUGGCAUUAUCUAGCUAGGAAUGUAAAGAGCCGUCAUAUUGCGGAAAUAUAUGGAACUAAUUGAAGCGCCCUCUGGAUUUUUUAUGUUCUUGAUUAGGCUAAAUCUAGUUUAGUUGUAAAAUAUCUGCCUAAUUGCCAAUAACUCGCUUGUACUGCCUUUAACAGUUUUUAUUUUUAAAAAAUCGAGUUUAGAUGUACGUAGCGUGAACACGUUGAUAUUUUGUUCAGUGAAAAAUUGCGUUUAAUUUUAAAAUUUAAUCUUAACAAA